CAAUCAACUGUCUUUUGACUCUUUAUACUCUGCGGACGCUUGCCGCGUAGUGUAAUAAAUGUGCAGCGUAUUUUAGUAGGAGAGUAUAAGGAGAAGGAGGGCAAGCGUGAGCAUUGUUAGGUAUAGUAAAAUACUGAAUUAAUACGUAGCCUCUUAUUUCAAUAAAGUAACCGACAAAAUGGGCACGCCCGGAUUUUCUCCAAGAGGUUUUGGUGGUGGAAGAGGCCGCGGUGGUGAUCGUGGUGGUGGUGGUGGCUUCCGUGGUCGUGGCGGAUUUGGGGACAGAGGUGGUCGCGGUGGGGGUCGUGGUGGUGACCGUGGUGGAUUUGGUGGUGACCGUGGAGGCCGUGGUCGAGGUGGCGGCAGAGGAGGUGGAUUUGGCGGCCGUGGCCGUGGACGCGGGGGCGGAGGACGUGGAGGUGGCAAGGCAAUGCUGGAGCCUCAUCGUCACGAAGGAAUUUACAUUGCCAGAGGCAAGGAGGAUGUCCUGGUCACCCGCAACAUGGUGCCUGGCGAGAGCGUCUACGGAGAGAAAAGAAUGGAGAUUGAGGACAGAGAAUCCGGCAACAAGGUGGAGUACAGAGUCUGGAAUCCCUUCAGAUCUAAGCUCGCCGCCAGCGUGGUGGGUGGCGUAGACAGCAUACACAUGCCCAAGGGCUCCAAAGUUCUUUAUUUGGGUGCUGCCAAUGGCACGACAGUUUCACAUGUUUCUGACAUCGUCGGAGAGGAGGGAGCGGUGUAUGCCGUAGAGUUCUCCGCGCGAUCUGGUCGUGAUCUUGUCAAUAUGGCUAAAAAGAGGCCCAACAUCAUACCCAUUGUGGAAGAUGCGCGUCAUCCCCUAAAAUACAGGAUGAUGGUGCCAAUGGUGGAUACCAUUUUUGCUGACGUUGCUCAGCCUGAUCAGGCAAGAAUCGUUGCCCUGAACGCCCAGUAUUUCCUCAAACAAGGUGGCCACUUUGUGAUCAGCAUUAAGGCAAACUGCAUAGACUCUACAGCGCCUGCUGAGGCCGUCUUUGCCGGGGAAGUUGACAAGCUGAAGGCAGAGCGCCUCAAGCCCCUGGAGCAGCUUACGCUGGAGCCGUACGAGCGAGACCACGCAGUUGUUGUAGGAGUCUACCGGCCACCCGGCAUGUAAUUAUUUUAUCUAAAUAAAUAAUCCUAAGUCGU